GACCGGUUGACUGCCCACGGAACCUGGUGCUCAAAGACCACAGCGGCCAGUAUCCCGACGAGUUCCACAUCUAUCACCACGGUGAGCAGAUCUGCGCACGGCGGACUGACACGGACGCCGGCUGGGGCAUCAACGUGGCAGUGGUGUGCAGAAAGACGUCGAGCUUUGCGGGCCACUAUGCGCAGAACCGAGGCGAGAUCGUGUUCGGGAGCAACUUGGACUCCGCCACGAAGUGCGUGGACGAUCCGGGCCACGUGCACUGCGACGACACUGCCGAGCAAAAGGGUCGUACCGGAGAGUACCCGGACAGCUUCCAUAUCUACCAUAACGGCGGCCA